AUGCACCCAAAAAAUAGCACAACCAAUUUUAUCACGGAUAGAACAACCAUAUCUAAGAAUUCCUGUGCAAAUAAAGCAAAAUAAAAUAGUAUUGUAUGGUUAUAAUGUUAGUACCAAUUUAUGAUGACUAUUAAUAUAAAACAGUAAUCUCCAAAUCAGAACAAGCAGAAAGACUAUUUCAUUCUUAACUAUUCGAUCCAACUGAGAGUCUAAAAUCAUAAAUAUAAGAAUUAAAGAGAUAAAUAAAAAUUAAAGAACUAAGCUAUGAUUAAAUUGCCUCUGCAUUUUAUUCGUCUUAGAAUAAGGUGGAAGAAUUAAAAGAGGCACUGGAAAUUUCUGAGAAGGAGAAGAAACUGUUAUAAAAUGAAAUCGAAGAGCAGAAUUAAAAUAUGGAGUACAAAUAUUUCGACAUUAAAUAAUAGCAAGAAUUGCAUACACUAUUUUAAAAUGAAAAUACUUAAUUAAAGUUAGAAGCAGUGUAGGUAUGCAAAAUGAGUAAUUUAGUUAAAAGAUACUAUAUUAAGAUUGCAAAGUGAUAAUAAACAACUGAAAGAGUAAUUGGAUACCUUAUUAACAAGUUCAUAGAGUUGCGAAAGAAAGGGUAGUUCAAGAAUGUCUUUUGAUUAUUUAUUAAAUGAUCAAGAUUAAUCGCAAUUAGGUCAAUCAAUUUCGGUUAAUGCUUCUGCAAAUUGUGAAAAACAUUGUAAUUGUGCAAAACGACUAAUUUUUAUAUAAGGAGAGCUAAAAAAGAGUCAAACUCAAUUAAAAGAGAAGGAUCAAUUGAUUGCUAAAUUGACUGAACAGAAUUUAGGAAUGUAGACGACUCAGAAUAGAUAAUCUAAAACUCAACGAAAAUAAAAUCUAUUUGGGACUCCAAUAACAGAAUUAGAAAAGAGAGAACCAACAUAGACAAGAGAUGAAUAAAAUGAUACAUUUCGUUAAUUAAAUGGGUAUAUGAGUGAUAAGCAUUUCAAAGAUUGUGAUUAUGCAUAAGAUUCUCAAAUGCCAGUAAUUAAUUAGAAUUAUGUAGUUAAAAACAUCAUCAAGUGCUAGAUCAGUAUUAAUGAAUAAAACUAAAAAAGAAGUUGAGCAGAUGUAUCGUAAAAUGAAUUCGUCUGCUCUCUUUACUGCUAGUGUAUUCUCAACUAUGUUAGAUUAUAAAAAUUUACAUUAUAACUCUGGAUAAUUCGGAAGUAAAUGUCUCAACUCUACAAAAAAGUCAUGA